AUGGGCCCAGGGUCAUCAUCUGCUGUGUCUUCUCCAUCCCCUUUUCAGCCCAAAGUCCUUCUAUCAGAGGCCGCCUGCCAUGUUCCUUCGAACAAUACUGAUUCUUCUGAUGCUUCUGCCCGUAUCUCAUCAUCUGAUGUGAUAAGUUCUCCUGUCGUCACGGACCCUCUGAGCUCCCCGCGUCAUUCAGAUCAGGAACUUGUCAACAUCGUUCGGCGUUUUUGGGAACUAGAUAAAGUACCUGACGUGCUUCCUUUGACCCCUGCCGAGAAGGAGUGCGAAGUUCUGUAUCGCGCUGAAGUCACUCGUGACUCCACUGGCAGAUACACUGUUGGUUUGCCCUUCCCAUCUUAUCGUCUGGGUACCUCUGUCAAUAUGGCGACUAGGCAGUUUCUUCGAUUAGAACAUCGUCUAGAAAAUAACCCUGAUCUUCGUGUCGCAUAUCAUGAGUUUAUGCGAGAUUAUCUCUCGAGUGGUCACAUGGAAUUGGUUCCUGAAUCAUUUGACCAUCCUCGAUAUGAACCUUAUUAUAUUCCUCAUCAUUCUGUACACCGUCCAGAUGAUCCUGCUACUAAAAUUCGAGUUGUCUUCAACGCCUCUUGCGCAUCUGCUAAUGGCAAAUCCCUCAACGAUCUUCUGCUUACCGGACCGAAGCUUCAAGCGGACAUUUCCACUCUUCUGCUUCGUUUUCGUCUACAUCAAUUUGUUUUUACUGCCGAUAUAAGACAGAUGUAUUGA